UUGUACUUCUUUCAGUAUUCAAUUCAUAAUUUAUACUUGUUAAUUUAAUCCUCGACAAUUUUCUUCUUUAUUAUUGUUCUUGCUUAAAUGUUUACAUAUGAAAUUUGAUUAACUUUCUCCUCUAUUAUUCUUCUCAAUGACGGAUUUGGCUGCCCUGUGCAAAGGGUGUGAAAUUUUGAGGAGUUCAUAAAAUCAAAAAUUUGUGAUGUUCCAACUCGAUCUCCACAUCUCCUUCAACCUUUAGUCCAAACUUUUGUGUUUACUUGCGUUACGUCUACAAAUAUAAAAAUAAAAAAACCUUUUUUCCCCUUCGAAACCAGUUUCUGGGAGCCAUCAGGAGAUUUGGUGCUCAACAAUCAUCGACCAAUCCGAUCAUGGCUGAACAAUCUAGGGUGAUUUCACAAUUCCAGCCUCAUGUUGCUGCCCAGCUUGUGCCGGUUAAACUCACUGAAGACAACUAUUCACUCUGGAGUUCUUUGGUGGUCCCAGUUCUAAAGAACUAUGACAUGUUUAAUAUGGUUCAAGGAAUAGAGCAGCCGUUGACAGAAGACAAAGACCAAAAGUGCAUGAGCUUUAUGAAGCUCACUUUAUCGGAGGCCAUGCUCCCAUACGCAGCAGAAUCAUGUUCAAGUUCCCGAGCACUGUGGUUAAAGUUGGAAGAGCAAGGAGGAAUUGCAAAAUUCAGACUAGUCCAGCUGAGCAUUCGCCUCAAAAAGCUGAAAAAAGGAAAGUUCACAAGUAUGUCGAAAUACUACCAGAUGAAGAAAAACAUGGCUGAUAGACUAAAAGCCGCCGGGUCUCCGGUUGCAGAUAGUGAUUUUAUUGAGCAAGUCCUUAACGGACUUCCGUCUGAGUAUGAUGCCUUUGCCAACUCCAUCAUAGCUGGAAUUGAUGAUUUAACUCCAGAGGAGCUGCAUGACGUACUGGUGGUUGAAGAAUCUAAUCGUAAAGGAGAGCUAUUCCGCACUGUCAUCAAGUACGGUGCUCUCGCUUUAAUAACUACUGCCAUCAUUUAUCAUAAGGGUCUGAGCGACGCACGCGCACGGCGCUAAUAAUUAUCACAACAUAAGAAACGCAAAAUUGGUUUAGUUUCUUGGUGUUUCAGGCUUUUUCUGUCU